AUGACGACGGUUGCGGUAGAGAAGUCUGAGGAAGCGGCGAGAUUUGAUACGAUUGAUCUCCAUGAUUAUCUUCCCCAGAUGGUUGGCGUGAUUCUAAUUGCCGUGGAGAUUGCCUUUGAGGAGUACCUUGGUACUGGUGAGGAAAAUAUUGAGGUUGAUGGUAUUGCUGAGGUUGAUAAUAUUGCUGAGGAUGCUGAAGGUUUUGAGCGGUCUUUUGAUAGUGAAGAAGCUGUUGGUCUUGAGAGUAUUGUGCUUGCUGCUGCUGACUCGGCGCAAGAGGAGUGUAACGAGUUUGAGGAAGGUAUUGACGUGGACCAAUGA